UGACGUCAGAAGCGCGCGCGGUGGGAGAGCCGGUGACGAAGGCGGAAGUGCUGCCAGCUGAGGCGCUGAGGGAGCAAACGAGCCUGGCUUUCCCUCCGCCGCAAUGGAGCUGCAAGAUAGCGGUCAAGAAAUGGCAGCUUCGCCUGCCACAUCCACAACAGGCAAGUCAAAGCUGGAUACUUUACCCAGAGAAGAUCUUAUCAAAUUUGCAAAGAAGCAAAUGAUGCAUGUACAGAAAGUGAAAUCCCGAUGUUCAGAACUGGAGAAAGAGAUUGAAGAAAUGAAAACAAAACCUGCUGCUGGAGGAACUGAUGAUAUUCUUCAGGCCCUCACAGAGAGGCUGGAUGUUGUUCUUCUGGAGAAAGCUGAAGUCCAGCAGCAGUGUCUAGCUCUGAAAAAAGAAAAUGUGAAAAGGCAACAAGAAGCAGAGGCUGCUCUCGCUAAGGAAGGAGAAUUGCAGAAGAAGUUUGCACAGUUGAACACUGACCACCUGAAAGAAAUCGAAGGUCUUAAGAAUGAAACCAUAGCAACACAGUCCAAAUAUGAUGAAACUAUUGCCACGUUGCAAAAGGAACUGCUUGCAGAAAGGAGCAAACAAGAGCAGCUCACAGAACAGCUUAAUUGUCAGAGUAAUAACCACGAAGAAAUUAAAAGGCUACAGGAAGAGGUCCAUCAAACUAAGGCUGCCUAUGAGGAACAAAUAUUGAAUCUGAAGAAACAGUUGGAAGCUUCCAUUGAGGGUAAGAAGGAGGAAACUGCCAAACUGCAAGAUGUCAUUGAAAGUAAUUCUCAGUGUUACCAAAGGGAAAUGGAUAGAUUAGAUGAAGAGCUAGGCAAACAGAGGACUGCUCACCAAAAGGAGGUGUCUGAGUUGACAUGUCAACUUGAAACCGCUGUCAAAGCAUGUGAAGAGGAGCAAAAUAAGGUAGAUCAGCUAAAGCAGAACUUAAUAGAGCAAUACAGGGUAAAAGAGAAGGACAUGCAGGAUGAAUUGCGUGCUUGUAAAGAGAAAUAUGAGCGUGAACUGGAAUACAUAAGGCAAACUCUAACGAAAGAUGUAGACAGCCUAGAAUCUGGAAAUGUGCAGUUGGAAACGGAAAUGGCAGAAAAGACCAGACAUUUAGAAAAUGCUUUAAAAGAACUGGAAUCUCAACACAGUAUAUUACAAGAUGAGUUAACCUACAUGAACAAUGUUAAGAUGAAACUGGAAGUGGAAAUCCAGCAUGCACAGGUUGAAUUCUUCCACGAAAAAGAAGAUCUGGAGUUCAAAAUUAACGAACUGCAGCUUGCCAAAGAGGAUCACUGUGGCGUAGUUGAAAAACUAAAAUCGGAGUUGAAGGCAGUAACAGAACAACACGAGAAGACUAUAAAAGAAAAUAGUCUGGAAAUUGAAGAACUGUUAGAAAAGCAUAGAAGGGAAAUUUGUGAUCUUAAACAAUCAGUAUCAUUAAGUUUAGAGAGAGAAAAUCAGUCAUUGGCUCUUGAGAUAGUGGAUCUUAAAGAACAAUGUCAGAAGCACCUACAGGAGAAAGAAGAUGCAAUUGCUAGUUAUGAGAGCUUGCGUGAAACGAUGGAAACCUUUCAAACAGAAUUGGGGGAAUCAGCUGGGAAGAUAAGCAGAGAAUUUGCAUCCAUGAAGCAGCAGCAGGCUUCAGAUGUUGAUGAACUACAGAAAAAGCUUAGAGCUGCUUUCAGUGAAAAGGAUGUUCUCCUUGAGACUGUAAAUCAGCUCCGGGAACAUACAGAACAACUUUCCUCCAAACUUGAGGAGCUGGAAGAACUAAGGCAUAAAAUAGGGACUCUCCAGGAAGAGAAUGAGAAACUUGUUGCUUCUCUUCAUCAAAGAGAGGCUGCAGUGAAAGAACUGGAAGAGAAGGAGAGUGAGCUUUCAUCACAGAACGAUAGCAUCCUAGACAAACUGAAAUGCUCUGCUGAGACGAUAGAAAGCCUCCAGGGGAAAUGCAAAGAGGAGAAGGCAGCGGCUGAGGAACAUCAGCAACGGGUUGAGGCUCUUAGCCUUUGCAACAGUGAAUUGGAGCAACAGGUAGAGGAGUUGAUGGCGAAACUGAAAGUGGAAAAAGAAGAGAAGCAAGUGAAGCUGGGGGAAUUGGAACAGCAGGUUGAAGUUCUUCGGCAAGAUAAAGUGCACCUCUCAUCUGAAGUAGCAAGUCUACAUGACGAAAAUAACAAGCUCAAGGAAGACAGGGACCAAGCAGGGAAAGAGCUGGAAAGCAUUGCAUCUGAAAAGCGGGGCUGGAUUGUGUCUCGAGAGAAAGCAGAUAAUUUAGAAACGAAAUUGCAAAUAGUCUGUGAAGAGAAAGACCAUUUGACUAAGGUACUUGAGGAAGAAAAGGCUUUCAGAUCUCUUGUCAUGAGUCAGCUCUGUAGCCUCCUUGAGCAGAUGGGCUCCAGAAACCCAGAAGAAAAUGAAGGCGAAGAUGUAGCCGGUCUGCUGCAAGCUGCGAAUGAAUUAUUUGCAAAAAUGAAGCAAGAGAUACGAAGUCUGAAAACACAAAAGGAUGAAAACGUGCUUCUACAGGAGGAAAUGCAGAGGCUGCAGGAAGAAAAUGCGGCUCGUUGCAUGGAACUCAGAUCUCUUUUGGACGAUUAUGAAAAUGAAAAACUCCUGUUAAGAGAAGAGUUGGAAGGGGCUGCUUCUGAAAAAGAAGCCUUGCAGCUAGAUAUUCAGGAGCUGAAACACGCCAGUGAAAAACUCCGGAAUGAGAACCAAGACAUUUUAGUUUGUAUGGAAGAUCUAUCUGAAAAGCAUGCACUCUGUGAAAGCAAAAUAAAAGAGCAAGAAGAGGAGCGGAAAAAAUUAAGCUUAAUCCUUGAGCAAAAAGAAACGGAAGUGAGAAACGUGCAGGCUGAGCUUUCUUUGCUAAAGGCCUCUGUCGAGGAGUCUUCUGCUAAAGAUGACCAGCAGUUAUCAGAAGCAGAAAAAAUGGUAAAUUUGGAAAGACAACUGAAAGAGAAAGAAGAAAAAGGAAAUAAAAUUAAAGCUGUUGCCGUGAAAUUAAGGAAAGAACUGGAAUGCAGCAGGAAAGAGGCACAGUCACUUAGAGAAGAGGUGAAGUUAUUGCAGUCAGAGAGACAGCAGCUGUCAACUUCAAUGGGAGACAUCAUUCAGACAGCAGAGAGCUAUAAGAAUCUUUUAACAGAGUUUGACAAGCAAGCAGAGCAGCUGGACAUUGAAAAAGAGCGAGCUCGUAAAUUUGAACACCAAAUAGAUGACCUGACGAGACAACUGGAAAACUCUACUAAGCAGCAAGACCAGUGGCGUUCUGCUAAUGAAGACCUCUUGACUCGUGUUCAGACUUUGCAUACUAACACUAAGCUGCUAGAAACACAGCUACUGGAAACUCAGAGGGCCAAAGCAAAAGUCGAUAAAGAACUCGAAGCUGAAAAGCUUCUAAAAGAACAAAAGAUAAAGGACCACACUAAUGCUGCAAAAGAAGUUGAAGAACUUCAAACACAACUUCAGAAAGAAAAGAAGCAUCUCCAGAAAAUUCUAGAAGAGCUGGAGUUGGCAAAGAAGGAUGCACAUAAGAGUACAAUGAUGGACAUGGAAAUGGCUGAUUAUGAGCGUUGUGUAAAAGAACUUAAUCAAAAGAUUACUGACAAAAGCAGCAGAAUUGAAGACCUUGAGCAAGAGAUUAAAAUUCAGAAGCAGAAGCAAGAGACUCUGCAGGAAGAAAUCAAAUCAUUCCAGAAUACUGUACAAGAGUAUGAGGGGAAAAACAUGAAGAUCAAACAGCUGCUGGUGAAAACGAAAAAGGAAUUGGCUGACUCAAAGCAAGCAGGAAAUGAACUUCUGAGGCUUCAAGCAUCUUUAAAAGGGGAGUUGGAAGCAAGUCAGCAGCAAGUCGAAGUUUAUAAGAUUCAGUUGGCCGAUAUAACCUCGGAAAAACACAGGAUACAGGAACACCUGCGGACUUCACUAGAGCAACACCAAAGGGUGCAGAGUACUUAUCAGCAGAAAUUAGCAGCUCUUCAAGAAGAAUGUAGUACAGCAAAGGCAGAAUACUCCGCUGUAACCUCUGAAUUUGAAAGCUACAAAGUCCGCGUUCAUAAUGUUUUAAAACAGAAGAACAAGUCUUCUCACUCUGAAGCGGAUGUGACCAAGCAGGAAAGAGAACACAUGGAAAAUAUAAUAGACCAAUUGAAGAUCAAAUUGCAAGACACUCAGCAUAACUUACAAAUGAAUAUAACCGAGCUUCAGUCACUGCAGUCUGAACAUGACACUCUGCUGGAAAGGCACAAUAAAAUUCUUCAAGAGACUGUGGCAAAGGAAGCAGAGCUCCGAGAAAAGCUCUGCACAAUCCAGUCUGAGAACAUGGUGAUGAAGUCGGAGCACGCGCAGAUUGUCAGCCAGCUGACAGCCCAGAAUGAAGCUCUUCGCAACAGUUUCCGCGAUCAAGUCCGGCACCUGCAAGAAGAGCACAGGAAGACUGUGGAGACCUUGCAGCAGCAGCUGUCCAAAGUAGAAGCCCAGCUUUUUCAACUCAAAAGCGAGCCAAACACCAGAAGUUCUGCUACGUCCAACCUACCAGCAAAGAACUUGCGAGAGCGGAGGAGCACUGACCUUCCUCUUCUCGAUGUGCACACUAUAACCAGGGAGGAGGGCGAAGGAAUGGAAACCACUGACACAGAGUCUGUAUCUUCUGCCAGUACUUACAUGCCGUCGUUGGAACAGCUUCUUAAUACCCCUGAUGCAAAAUUUGAAGCUCCACACUGGGAAGCUGAACUCACCAAAGAAGAGUUGGUGCAGAAGCUGAACACCACGUCGAAGAGUGCGGAUCACUUAAAUGGACUGCUGCGUGAAUCGGAAGCUACCAACGUAAUCCUCAUGGAACAAAUAAAGCUUCUUAAAAGUGAAAUAAGGCGAUUGGAAAGGAACCAAGAGCGAGAGAAAUCUGUUGCUAAUCUGGAAUAUCUGAAGAAUGUUCUGCUCCAGUUUAUAUUCCUAAAAUCGGGCAGUGAAAGAGAGAGGCUUCUGCCAGUCAUUGACACCAUGCUGCAGCUGAGUCCAGAAGAAAAAGGAAGGCUAGUUGCAAUAGCUCAAGGUGAGGAAGAGAGCACAUCGCAACCUUCAGGCUGGGCGUCGUACUUGCACAGCUGGUCAGGACUGCGAUAAGACUGUGAUAAGACUUCUCGUUUGUUCAAACGUUCAGAGUUUGCAAUUGCACUGGGAAGAAUCUCAGCACUGAAGAAUGAAGCAUAUAUAUGUGUAGCCCCAGGGUAGCUUGUAUCGUUUUCUCUUUUGGCCAUUUUAAGCAGGUAACUUGAUUUUUGACUAAGGAUUGUAGAAGACAUGUGGACAACGAAUUCUGCUUUCAGGUUUGGGUCCCCUUUACUGCCUUUGGCUACAGGUAUGCGAGGUCUUGUACAUCUGUUAAGCUCUCCAAUCUGAAAGAGCUACUCCACAUUUGUGUGUAUGUGUCUGUCUGGAGCUGCCCUCUCCCAUCACUUGGAGAAAUACCUUAUGUACACUGGAACUCCGGUUUGGGGUGUCCAACUUCAGCAGACAUCUUCAUUUUUUAUUUAUCUGGGGAAAAAUGCACUAUACAAGUUGGUGAGUAUCAGUAAGACUCAAGUUGACAGGUCUGACCAUGUGUUUUCCAGUUUUGUUGUUCAAAUCGCCAUCUCCUUAUGACCAGCAGCAUCAGAAGCAUGCUUUUUCUCGUCAAAGUACUUUAAGACAUAGCUUAUGAAUUGCUUAUGUCUUUCAAAAGGAAAGAGGUGCAUACAGAAAU